AUGCAGCCUGGUUGUUGGCUGCGUGCCACCCAGCCAGCAACAGCAGAUGGAGCAGCGGGAGCAGGAGCAGGAGUAGGAGCAGGAGUAAUUGGCGGGGGCUAUGUGGAAUCUUCGGCAUCGGUGGCUACUUUGGCUUCCAUCUCAUCAAUUGCUUCCACAUCGGCGGCAGCGAGGGCGGCGCUAAAGGCGCGUCCCUAUCUGGUUGCACCCUUUGUGACCACAGCCUCAGCACCACCCACACCACAGCCCCACGUGUCCAUUUCCACGAGCACGGCCCGCACAGCGCCAGCCACGCCCACACGUCGCCGCAUCGCCCCCGAAGAGGAUCUGGAUUUGGUGGAGGACUUUGAUGUGGCACUCGCUCAGAUGGAGAUGGAGCCGCAGACGCAUGCCAAGAGCAAGUCGCAGCGAUUCUUCUGGCGCAAGGCGCUGCGGCGCGUCUUCCAGCGCCGCAAGUGACGGCGUCGCCGGCAGGACCUGCCCAGCUGGCAUCGUCCCGCCCGUCGCUGUCGUCGCCGCAACCUGGCCGAGCGGGUGAGGCGCAUCUGCGCCUGCUGUGCCUACGGCCAGGUCCUGCUGCGCGCAGCCCGCGUGGCCCUGCUCAGCUGCAUCCGCUGGCGAACCCGUGGCAACAUACGCAACAACAACUUUUACUUCAGCAACCACUAGAGCAUCAGCAUCAGCAUAAGCAUCAGCAGAAUAUGCCAGCCAGUUUAGCAAACCGCAGCAGUCGCUAAUCUCCGUGCUCCAGCUAACUCGAGUUACGUUUAAAGUUAAUGAAUAACCAUUCGAUUUAGUUUUACACACACACACGCCAGCGCUUAAUUUAUUUCCUGUCUUUUACAUCGACAAUUAGACUAUUUUUUGUUGCUACAUAUGAAAUUAUAAAUUGUAUUACCGCCUACACGAACACUUCCCCACGAAUCCUGUACAUAGGGUCGAUAGUGCUCGAUCCCAUUAUUCAGUUUAAAGGUUUUGAAGCGACGCAUAAGAGAGCGAAAGUAAAGCGAUAGCAUAUAUCUGUUACUGUACAUUUAGCCCAGAGGCGAAUCGGCAAAUACACAUUUAUAUAGCGUACCAUAGUUAAA